AUGAGGCCAGCAGGUCAUAGAACUGGUCCUUUCAAGCAGGUUAAUAAAAAACAUAAAACUGGUAAUUCAUCACGAUUCAAAUGCCGUUUUAUGUUUGCUGUUGUGGAUUAUAAUAAUUUUAAUGAUUUAUUGUGUUGCAUUAAAGUAUCGGAUGUUGUGGCAUUUUUGUGGCCUUUAAAUGAAAUCGAACUUAAUGAGAAGGAAGAACAAUUUAUGAGUGCUUUGUUGAGUCAUGGCUUGCCGAGCGUCAUCAAUUUUGUACCUGGUCUUGGAACUCUCAAGACGCCUAAAGAUAAGGAAGUGGCCAGGAAAAAUAUUCAGAAUCUUAUUUUUAAAUGGAGUUUUGGUGAGGAGCAUAUAAUACCAUGUGAUAGUGAUAAUGAUGGAUUAUCAGCACUGCGCUUAAUAAGCAAUAUGAAAAAAAAACCAAUGAAUAUACAGUUGCAACGAUCAUAUCUUUUUGUUGAAAAUUAUCGAUGCUCGCCAGUGGAUAAAGAACUUUGUGACUUGGAUGUUUUUGGAUAUAUUAGAGGGCGAGCUUUAAAUGUUAACGAUCUGGUUCAUCUUCAAGGAUGCGGUGAUUUUCAGCUUAAACAUAUUGCUGUUUGCGAAGAUCCGAUCUUGAUCGAUGAAUGCCAAAUUAUUCUAAAACCUGAUCCAUUGAAACAACAAUCAUUACAGUCGGAGAUUGAACCAGAUCCUAUGAAUGCUGAACAGACAUGGCCCGAUGAAAAUGAUUUACCGAGAGAUAUAUUGCCUGAAGGGACAUCGGAAUAUCAAGCUGCAUGGAUUUUUGAUGGCGGUGAUGAAUCUGAAAAUAAAAAUAGAGUAUUCAAUUUUCUAUUGCUUUUAAUUUUUUUGGCUUCAACUGCAAAGGAAUCCGAACCAUUAGAUUUAAUGGGUACGACCUUGGAUAUGGAUGAUGUGGAGAAAUAUCGCAGGGAGCGCGAAAAUGCUCAAUUUCCUGAUGAGAUUGAUACUCCUAUUGAUAAACCAGCUCGCAUACGCUUUCAGAAAUAUAGGGCAUUGAAGAGUUUCAGAACAUCAUUUUGGGAUCCAAUGGAAAAUCUACCUCACUCGUACUCUCGCAUUUUCAAAUUUAGUGAUUAUAAACAUUCUAAGAAAGUCGUCAUGAAGUCUUCUAAUGAAAACAACGAAUCAUCAGUUUCGCAUGGAUCUUAUGUUAUGAUAUCUAUUGCAAAAGUGCCAACUCAAUCUUUGGGCGAAAGUCCUUUAGUGAUUUAUGGCUUAUUACCUCAUGAACAGAAAAUGUCUGUUGUUAAUAUGGUUUUAAGAAAGCAUUCAUCUUGUACUGUGCCUAUUUUAAAUAAGCAGAAAUUAUUAUUUUACGUUGGUUAUCGGAUUUAUAAAGCUCAACCAGUGUUUUCCCAACAUACUAAUGGCGAUAAGUUUAAGAUGGAACGUUUCAUGCCUUCGAAAGGAAGCUUCAUUACUACUCUUAUCGCACCUAUAACGUUUCCUCCUUCAACUGUUCUUGUAUUCGCAGAAGAUGAUAAAGAUCGUCAUUUAGUCGCGACAGGCUCUGUCUUGGAUGUUAAUCCGGAUAGAAUUAUUCUCAAACGUGUUGUUCUCUCAGGGCAUCCAUUUAAAAUCAGUCAACGUACCGCGGUUGUGCGUUAUAUGUUUUUCAAUCGAGAGGAUAUAGAAUGGUUCAAGCCUGUUGAACUUUAUUCAAGAGGUCGGAGGGGAACUAUCAAGGAAGCUAUUGGUACUCAUGGUUAUAUGAAAUGUGUAUUUGAUCACAAAUUGUCGUCAAUGGAUACUGUUAUGAUGAAUUUGUAUAAACGGGUAUUUCCAAAAUGGACGUAUCAGCCUUUUCUAAGACCUUAUAGGAGAGUCGAUAGUAUCAUAAACAGUGAAUAUAAUCAAAUGGAAAUUUAA